GCGUACAGGCCGCCCACCCCUCCAAGUGGCACGCACCGUUAUUUCUUCUACCUGUACAAGGAGAGCCAGAAGCAGUUGCCAAAAGUCGACAGGAGGGGAAAAUUCGUUCUCCAGACAUACGUCGAUGUCAAUGGACUCGUUGGCCCCAUCGCCAUGAACAUGUUUAAAACUUCUAAAUAGUAGGGGAAGUCUUCGCCCCUCUUCCCAUUUCUCCUUUUUGUGUUUCCUUAUUUCUUUUUUCCAUUAUGGAGUAUUGGGGAAGGUUGCCAUGUAUGCAUUAAUCUAAUGAAAGCGUAAUAAUUAGAUGCUUGAUUUACUUUAUGUACUUAUAUGGACUCUUAAGGUUGAUGUUAGUGCACAAUAUCCUCAUAAUUCUUUAGCCGAUUUUCGCUUGCGCUUUGGUUUAUUUAUUUUCUCUUUAUCUAACACCUUAUAACCUAUCCAAACUAAUGUUUAUUCCCAGUGUCUUUACAAAGAAGUAAUGUUAAACGCAGUGAAAUUCUUCCCGAAUAUUUGGAUUGUUAUUUUAGUUUAAAGCAUUUGAUGAACUUAAAAGACUUGGACACUGACUGAAUUGAUGCAUUUGUUCGUUUUCUUUACGGCAUUUACCAGUGCCUAAGCUAGCUCUGUUGAAGAGUAUAUUUAUUUUAUGGAAAAUAUCAAUGUUCUCGGACUUUCGUCUGUAUUAAGGAAAUACUUAAUAGAAUUAAUUAAUACGUUGAAACUUGCUGGAAAAAAACACGGAUUAAAAAUAAAACUUAUUUUUUGAAUGAAUAUAAUUUUUCGAGGAAACUAUUAAUGUAUUCUACCUUGGGAGACUUAACAUAUUUAAGUAUGAAGAGGAAAAAAAUAUAAAUAUACAUAUAUUUUAAGUUUCUGCAUCAGCCUGAGGUGGUGGUGGUUGAAAUGCAAUCUUAAGUCCUAUUAUCUUGCUUUGAGGAUUUAAUGAUGAUUCACUGUAUUACAUUGGUGUAAACAAAUAAAAACAUGUAGCAGA